AUGUGGACCUUCCUUACUUGUUGGCUGACUUUUUAUCCAUUUGGGCGGGCAAAGAUCAAUGUGGUUCUCCUUUGUAUGUUGAAAUGGGCUCACAUUGUUGAAGAUAAUGGGUUGGGUAAUUUUUCUAUUCCAAAUGAUAUGCCAAGAAACCAACCCGGGAGCGCGGCAUCGAGAAGGUUUCAAGAUAAUUUGGCUUGGAGUUCCAGUUAUACCAAUAUGAAUUUGGAUUACAAGAUGCAGCAAAUGCAUUUCGCUCGACCCGAUCAUUUUCCACCUUCAUACCCUUAUGCACCAAGUUGGGAGGAGCUUUGGAGAGAGAAACAGGUAGGAGCCGGUGGCAAUGGUGGAGGUGGUGAUGAUUAUGAUAAUGAGGAAUGA